UUCACUCAAUUCUCAGUGUCAAGGCGUCGUUAGAGGGUUCUGCAUCUCAGUUCCACGCUUAAAAUUGCUAAAUAAUGAAGGAACUCAUUUGUCUUUUGCUGCUUGGUUUCGGGCUGCUAGGCUGCAUUGCCAAGCGUAAUCAUGAUCCCGACGCGCCCAAGCUGCCCAUAACACUCUACUACGAAGCGCUUUGUCCAUACUGCAUGGAGUUUGUGACAACUCAGCUAAAUCCUUCGAUGACGCGCAUGGAUAGGCUGCCCUACACGGACCUAACGCUGGUGCCCUAUGGAAAUGCGAAGGUGAACGAGGCGGGCGAACUUACCUGUCAGCAUGGCGAGGAUGAGUGCGAGCUGAAUGCCUGGCAUGGCUGCAUCCUGGAGCACAACAAUAAGACCAUAUCAUUAAAGCUAAUUGCCUGCAUGAUGCGCGGCCGCAAAAACAAUCUGGAUAGGUGCGCCAAGCGCUAUAACAUCGAUGUGAGUGCUGUCAAGGAAUGCAAGAAGGCGCGCAGCGUCGAUGAAAUAUUGAAGAAAUAUGGUGAGGCGACGGCCCAAGUGGCUUUCCACGGUGUGCCAGCCAUUGCCGUGGAUAAUGCUUAUGAUGAAACGGAUCAAGAAAGUCUAUCAGAUAAUUUUGACCAGACCUUCUGCGCCAAAUACAAAGCCAAGUUUAACAAGAGUCUAGAGAACUGUGAGCCAUCUGCAAGGAGUAACACGAUUAGAACAAAACAUUAAUAAUGGAUGGUACAUGUAUAUUGAAAGUGUCACAGACUUCUCGUAAGUACUAAGUACAAAUUAUAGGGUUUUAGCUAAGGAAAUCAGUUGCCAAAUAACAAUUUUAACACAAUUACAAAGAAACUUUCAAAAGAUCACAAUUAAAUUCGUUAUCUAACUAAAUUGAAAUACAUAUCAAAGUGAGAGUUACAGAUGCAAUA